GUUUUUUUCGGUUCCUCCUAAACCCGAACGGAUCUAGUGGUUUGAAACCGGACCAGAACCGAAUCGUGGCCAUGUCUAGGAAUGAACAACUAGAAAUACAAAACUAUUGUAAUGGGAUUUAAGGUGAAUAAUAAAAGUAAAAUGAAUUAAGUGACAAAAUUAUCCUCCUUAAACUUUUAAUUUACCAAAAAAAAUAUAUUGGGGCAAUGUGCAAUGACAUUUAUAUUUUGAAGGGGUGAUGUGAUCUCCUUUUUCAUAUUUCUAGGGGGUUUAGUGCAAAACCUUAAUUCGUAGAGGGAGUGAGGUGCUAUUAUGCCAAGUAAAAUUCUUCGUCUCUCCCCGAUCCCCAUCCCCGACUCUCUUUGGCAGUGGUAGUUACCCUCCGCCGCCCUCCGCCGACGAUGCCUCAAUCCACCGGAGGAACCAAGAGAGGAUAAGCCUGCGGCUUCCGCAACAACCACCAGCUCAACCACAGCCGCACCGGAGAAAUCAACCACCGCGGCGCCGCCGCACCGCUUCACCCAAUUCCCCCCCCCCCCCCCCAUAAAGCCGCCGCAUACCGUGGCCAAUCGCUACGAGUGCAGUGUAUUCGGUAGCCGGAACCAAACGGAGCCUUACCGCAAAUAACAAUGGAGAACUGGAAGAAGAAGAAGAUCGGCCCAAACAAUCCAACAAAAACUGUAUCUAAACCGGAACCCGAACCCGAACCAAACGCCGAUAUAUGGUCAUUCAUCACCGAAAGAAGCACGAAAUCAUGGUUCCUGUGCAUAAGCCUCUUCGCCGUUUUGAUUCGCCUCGCAGUUUCGCUCCACCCCUACUCCGGCGCCCAAACGCCGCCGAAAUUCGGGGAUUACGAGGCGCAGCGCCAUUGGAUGGAGAUUACGGUCAACCUUCCGGUCAAGGAAUGGUAUCGCAACAGCAGCUCAAAUGAUCUCGGAUACUGGGGCCUCGAUUACCCCCCUCUGACUGGGUACCAGAGUUAUCUCCAUGGAACUUUAUUGAAAUUCUUCGAUCCUGCAUCGGUUGCGCUCUUCACUUCUCGUGGAUAUGAGUCCUACCUUGGGAAGCUGUUGAUGAGGUGGACGGUUCUGAUGUCUGAUUUGAUGAUAUUUUUUCCUGCAGUGCUUUAUUUUGUAACCGUGUAUUACUCUGGGAAACCCACUGGGGACAGAAGCAGCAUGGCCUGGCACACUAUAAUGAUUUUGUUGAACCCGUGUCUCAUUUUGAUUGAUCAUGGUCAUUUUCAGUACAAUUGCAUUAGUUUGGGGUUAACCGUUGCAGCUGUUGCUGCAAUUUUAUCAGAUAGAGACCUUGUUGGCUCCCUUCUGUUCUGCCUUGCUCUUAACCACAAACAGAUGAGUGCGUACUAUGCACCUGCUUUUUUUGCCUAUCUUUUCGGCAAGUGUCUGAAGCGCCAAAAUCCAAUCCUUGAGAUCUCGAAACUAGGUUUGGUGGUAUUGGGGACCUUUGCUCUAGUUUGGUGGCCAUAUCUUCAUUCCGUGGAUGGUGUUUUGGAGGUUCUUUCUCGCUUAGCUCCAUUCGAGAGAGGUAUAUACGAGGAUUACGUGGCAAAUUUUUGGUGCACCACUUCAAUCGCCGUGAAGUGGAAGAGACUGUUCACCACGCAGUCGAUGAAGCUUCUCAGCCUUACUGCAACCGUCUCCACUUGUCUUCCUUCUAUGAUUCAACUUAUUCGGUCACCCACCAGACGUGGUUUUCUGCUUGGAUUGAUUAACUGCUCUUUAUCAUUUUAUCUAUUCUCAUUCCAAGUUCACGAGAAAUCGAUCCUGCUUCCCAUUCUGCCGGCGAGCUUAUUAGCCUUCGAAGAACCGUUUGUUUUCCAGUGGCUGAUAUAUUAUGCUUUGCUAUCAAUGUUCCCUCUCUUAAGGCGUGACGAUUUGGUACUUCCAUAUGCUGCUCUAUACGCCCUUUUCGUACUUCUGUACUAUGCGCCCCGUGGAAGAAAGGAUGAUGCGAAAAAGACUCUUUCCUUUUAUUCCAUUUUACAAGUAGUUGCAUUUGCCUGCUCUCUUUUCCUACAUAUCAUCUACUUAAAUAUCACCCCUCCCGAUAAAUAUCCUUUCCUCUUCGAAGCGGUGAUUAUGAUUUUCUGCUUCUCUCAGUUUGUACUGAUAUCGAUAUAUCUAAAUACGAGACAGUGGGCACUAACUAAAAAUUCCAGUCGACCGGACACCAAAAAGAAGAGACUCUGACUAGGGCCGGAUUAUAUUUCUAACUUUAUUUCCGGUAAUAUUGUUAUGAUCUGAGUAAUGGUAGGAAAAAAAGAUUGUACUCAUUUAUGAUCUUUUUCAUGAUAUGCAUGAAUUAGUUACAUGUGAGCUCAUGCUUUGCUCGGUUAUGUUGACUUAAUGACGACUUAGUUUUUUUUCCGGUUUC